UAGUAAAAAAAUGUUCAUAAAGUAAUUGUGAUCAAUUAAAGUUUUCGCCUUGCUGUUUAUUAGUUUUUCAAUCAUUUUUGGACUUCUUAACAACCUGUGUCUUGUCAACAGAUUGGCAAACAGAAUGGCAAAAAGGUGCCACGAAGCCGUCAUUGAAAUUUCCAGUGAGGAAUCGGAACUAGACUCGGUCACUUCAACAGUUAUUAUACGCAGUAGACGUACUACACGUACAAGGCCAAAGAGGUUCAGUGAUUAUGACUUGGAAACUUCUGGAGUUGACCUACAGUUGUACAAGAGAAGAGAGGAUCCCGAUUAUACUUCUAGUAUUAAUCAGAGCAACGAAUCUGAUGUUGUUUACAGGACAGAACAUGUCCUUGUAUAUUUGGAUCUAAGUCAACCCAUAGCCAAAGUAACAAAGGAGCCCCUAAUGGACCCAUUGAUGAACGCGAACCAGCAAUUGAAAACGAAACUAAAGAAACUCUUGGGUCUCAUAGCCCCACGACGCCGACUGUAUAAUCCAAGAGAUGAAGAUGAGUUGAUAAUUCCUGCUCCGAAAAUGUUUAACAUUCCUAUUGCCUCAUCAGUGACAGUAAAAACAUGGUCAAGGCUUAAUCUUCACAAUGCUGAUCCCGUUUCGCCUGCCAAAAUGAAAUGGAAACUUUUAGAUGACUACAUUCAGCGAAUUAAUGCCUCCAGUUUUGUAAAGUCGCAAAUGCCUUCGCAUAUUUGGCAAGAGUCGAAUAAUCUAAGCGAGUUGCCACCUCUAAGGAAACGGGAUCAGGAAUGCCGGCAACACAAAAGAUGUUUGCCCUUACUGGAGCAACAUCCUUUAUUCUACAGCUUCAUUGAAUCCCUUAGUACAAAAAUCUCUGUGAAUAUGUGUCAUCCGUUGGCCAUAAACUACCGCAUUAUGGAUUUCAAGCAAUCUAAAGGUGAUUUGGCUAAAAAACUCUUUAAUAUGUUCAAUCAUCAAAUCUUUCUAUGCGGUCUUCAGCCACAAUUAAUUUGGCAUGGUUCUCAAAAUAGCAAAAGUUACCUUAUAAUUUCAGGUAAAAAACUUGAUCGUUCUUAUAAGAUUAUUCUUAGUGAGACUAUCGAGGAGCCAGCAGUUCUAGUUAAAAUUCUUUUGCAUGAAAUGUGCCAUGUUGCGGCAUUUGUUUAUAAUACAGAAAUUGGACAUGGAGACCAAUGUCACAAGUGGGCAUGUGUGGCUAAAUAUCGGAUGCCGGAAUUGCCUUUUGUGGCCGAAUGUGAAGGCUCAACCUGUAAAUAUAUCUGCUAUCUAUGUGGUGCCUCUUCUUUGGGUCAUCUCAUGCAAUUCCAAGAUAUUACAGCGCAUUUGCAUUGUGCCUAUUGUCAAUUUGAAUUGCUAGUAGAACCCUGGCAGGCCAAUAAUCCUUGUUUUUUGUCGCAUCAAGAAACAGUGAUGACUCCAUAUAAAGAGUUUAUUAAAAAUAAUUACUUAGAGUUUUUAGUUUUGGAGUCUGAUUUGGAUCUUCAAUAUCAUAAUGAUAAAAUGUUACAAUUAAAUUUAAAAUAUAUAAAACAAAUAGCAAAUAAUAUAUUCUAG